UGGUGGACUUACUCCACUCUCCGCCUACAGAAUUCAGUGUCCCUCUCGUGUAACCUCGCAGCGCUGACUGCAGCUUGCCAGUUAAUGUGAAUUGCUUACGGUUCGGAAUCAGAUGAUGCAAUUGCAGGAGUUGGGAAGACUUUUGGUUUCUGCUGAGUCGAGUUUGAUUGCUCUUUCUCACUAGGUGGGGUUGUAGCUGUCAGAUAGCUGGACGAAGAAGAAGCAGAAGUUGAAGAAUGAUGGAGCCGGGUCUGCCAAGCCAGGACGAACCAGCUUCAUGGGAUGAGCUCUGCGACAUCAAUUUGGUUCCUUCAGAGUUGUUUUUCAAGUUCAGGAAAGAAAUUGAAGGGAUUCGGAUUGGUGUCAAUCUGGAGUUCUACAAUGCUCCCAUUAAUGAUGUCCAAACUAAGCUUGUUCUGAAGCCAUUGUCAGCAGAGCGGCAAUGGAAGUUCAUAUGCAAACCUAUACGUCAGGAAAUCCGUAUUCAGUCCAAAAAGAUUCCUUUGACCAAAUUUCUAAACAUACAGGUUGGCAUAGGCCAUAACUUCAAGACGAAUGCCCUUGCUUGGCAGUGGAAGCUUAACACGUGCCUGGGCGGUGAUGGUAUAUCUCGAAUCCGGAACAAGACGACACUCGGUUUGUUCCCCGGUCUAGAUUUCAGGUUCGGGUGGCGAGCAGAUUUUGUCCUCCCUGAAGUUACAGGGCAAGGCUUUGGGCAAGGACGAGUCAUUGUUCAACAUGAAGACCGGACGACUUGAUGCCUCAUUGGACAGGAUCGAGACGAUUGUGAACCCAGACCUCAUGAUUGUACAUUCCCGGGAGUCGCCAGAACUCUAAACGCACCGCCACCAUUGCGCUGCAAUGCUGCUAUGGUGCACCCUUUGGAGCUUGUUGGUCCGUGAAGUUGCAACGCGCCAUCCUGAUUUAUCUGAUCUUCCCUGGGGUAUACGGAAAGACUCUAGGCAGAUACGAUUACAUCUCCGACUUGACGGUCGCGAGGAUUGUUCGUCAUCAUGGGAUAGCAACUAACAUGAUGCAGUUUGCAAUUGAAACGGCCAAGUCUAAUGGUGUGGAAGUUAUGUACGUUCAUGUGGAUAGAAACAACAAACCUGCACUGCAGCUUUUUGAGAAGAUGGGAUUUGAGAUGAUUGAAGAGGCAAGUGAAGGACUGGUGGAAGACAACACUUACCUCCUACGUUGCAGCUUGUAUAGAUGAGUACAGAUUUGGUGAUACAGGAAAGGAGUUCAGUUUACAAAGCAGAGAACCAGCACGGCAUAGGCCAGAGUUUAUUACUAGUUUUGACAGGAAUUUGAUCUGAUAAUAUGUGUAGACUUAGAUUUGGCAAUUCAGCACCAAUCUAUGCACGGACAUUUCUUGAGAGAGAAGCAUACCAAUACAAUGUAUCGAUCUAAUACAGUUUCAGAACAACAUAUUUUUGUACAUAAUGCUGCUCUUCAUUGCUUGCUACCAGUG